AUGGCAUUCCGUAACACUGCUAUCAUUGCCGGCACGGUUCUCACCGGAGUUCUCGCCUACGCCGUCUACUUCGAUCACAAGCGUCAAAGCGACCCUAACUUCCGCAAGUCUCUGAAGAAGAACAACAAGAAGGUUGAGCAGAGUGUCAAGCAGCAACAAGCAGCCGAGGGCGAGGCCCGUGUUGCCGAUCUCAAGAACGCGCUUGAGUCAGUGAAGAAGAAUGGUGAACUCCCCACAGGUCUUGAAGAAAAGGAGGCCUAUUUUAUGGAGCAAGUCGCAAAGGGCGAGUCCCUGUGUGCUUCCGAGGGUGCCGAGAACGAGGCCGCAAUCUCCUUCUGGAAGGCAUUGAAAGUCUACCCUCAACCUCAGGACCUGAUGGGUAUCUAUGAGCGCACAGUUCCCGCAAACGUUCUGGAGGUUCUCGCCGAACUCAUUGCCCUCGACCACGGCGCCGGUCCUUCUAAGCCCAGCACCGAUGACAACAUUGAGUAA